AAACAUUUUCGAUUGAUUUUCUGUUGAGCUAAAGAUGAUAUCUUCUUCAUCAUCCCAGAAGAAAAACCUUCAAUCCCUUUUAGCCACUAACCUCAAGAAACUCACCAUCACUCCCCCUUCUUCUAAUCAUGAGUUCGAUUUUGGUGAUGUUUUUGGCCCUGUAACUCCUCACCCUUCCAACCCCAUCGUCCAAUCACCAUCCUCCACGUCUCCCCCUUCUGCUUUCCUCGGUGAUCCUCAAGUUAUCCACACCAGGACCCACUCUUAUGUGGGCCCUUCCCCUCGUUACACCCUCUCUUCUUCCCUCCCCCUCGAAAUCCAUGAAGCUGAAACCGAGAAUGAAGAUGCAGAAGAAGUGAAGGCCAAGAUUGUGCCUGAGGAUUUUGAGAUUUUGAGAGUUGUUGGGCAAGGAGCUUUUGGGAAAGUUUUUCAGGUGAGGAAAAAAAGAAGGGAUGUUGAGGAUGGUGAUGGUGAUGGUGAUGGUGAUGGGAUUUUUGCUAUGAAAGUGAUGAAGAAACAAACUAUAAUUAAAAAGAACCAUGUCGAUUACAUGAGAGCUGAGAGAGAUAUCCUCACUAAAGUUGUUCAUCCAUUUAUUGUUCAGCUCAGAUACUCUUUUCAGACAAAGUCUAAGCUUUAUUUGAUCAUGGAUUUUAUAAAUGGUGGCCAUCUCUUCUUUCACCUGUAUCGCCAGGGGAUAUUUAGUGAGGAUCAAGCAAGGUUUUAUACUGCUGAGAUUGUAUCUGCUGUUUCGCAUCUUCACAACUGUGGUAUCGUGCAUCGAGAUCUUAAACCCGAAAAUAUUCUUGUGGAUGCUGAUGGACAUGUUAUGCUUACAGAUUUCGGGCUGGCCAAGGAAAUCGAUGAAUCUAGCAGAUCAAAUUCGAUGUGUGGGACAACCGAGUACAUGGCUCCAGAAAUUUUACAGUCCAAAGGCCACAAUAAAGAUGCAGAUUGGUGGAGUAUUGGGAUACUGCUAUAUGAAAUGCUAACUGGUCAGCCUCCUUUUACACAUGCAAAUAGGCAGAAGCUUCAGCAAAGAAUUAUCCAAGAGAAACUCAAACUUCCACCAUUCCUUACUACUGAAGCUCACUCUUUACUCAAAGGGAUGCUGCAGAAGGAACCAUCAAGAAGGCUAGGCAGUGGUCCUGGAGGAGGGGAUGAGAUAAAGAAACAUAAAUGGUUCCGGUCAAUCAACUGGAAGAAAUUAGAGGCUAGAGAAAUUCAGCCAAAGUUCAAACCAGAUGUGAGCGGAAAGGAUUGUACUGCCAACUUCGACAAAUGCUGGACGACGAUGCCGGCAGAUGACUCGCCAGCCUCCACUCCUACAGCAGGUGAACAUUUUGAGGGUUAUACUUAUGCAGCACCUAACCCUUGGCUUUCUUCAAAGUAAAAUUAGAGUGCUCAGUGGCCUAUAAUAACCCUUGUAAAUCUAUGGUUUACAGUGAAAGAACUAAGAAAUAAAAUUUGCUAAAGUUGCUCUCUGUUCUCUACCAUAAACACAUCUACUUGUGUUUUUAUAGAUUUUUUAUUCGCUUGCUUAUAAAAUUAUGUUAAGAACUUUAUAAAUUCAAGAUGCUUUCGUUUA